UGCCAUGGAAGAUCUAAGCAGAAGAGAGAAAAGGAUCGACUGAUCCAGUACUUCUCUAGCUUAAGAAAACAUUAUGGCAGCUUCUCUCGGAAAGGUCGAAGCUUUGUUGAGGGCUUGUGCGGUUCUGAUGUUGGUCUUGACAGCUUGUUUGGUCGGGAUGGAUACGCAGACGAAAGCCAUCGUCUUUACUUACAAGAAAAAAGUCACUUAUAAGUACCUCAAUGCUCUCACGGCUAUGGUGUAUAUCGAUGUUGCAGCUGCGGCUUAUAGUCUUCUUCAGCUAAGCAGAUGCACCAUAUCAGUUUGGUCCCACAAGAACCUAAUCACGUAUGAUCAGAAGAACUUGGCUUGGGGUUUUUUCUUGCUUGAUCAGGUUGUGGUUUACGCCGUGUUUGCUGUUAACUCGGCAGCAGCACAAGCAGCCCUGUUGGCAGUCACCGGCUCGAAGGGUCUGCAGUGGAUGAAAUGGUGCAACCGGUUUACCAGAUUCUGCAUCCAGAUCGGUGGUUCGCUCUUCUGCGGCUAUGUCACGUGCUUCCUCUUGGCAACAGUCUCAUUCACCUCGGCAUUCAAUCUCUUCAGACUCUAUUCGCCAACACAAUUCAUGCAGUUGAAGCGGAAAACUUAACUCGAUCCCUAGGUAUAUGCCUGGCAAUCUUUCUAUAUGAUAAUAUUCAGUUGUUAAUUAGUUGCUGCAAACAACCUGCGAGUCACAUAAACUGAAAAGGUUUGAGUUAUUGAUGUCUAGGGAAGUCAGUGGUUGGUUUGUUUCCGGUAUGCCUUGGGACACUUCUUUUCGAAAAAGGAAAAAAAAAAACAAAAAGACUCCUCUCAAAAGAAAAAAUGCUACUAGCGUGUGGUCACAUUUGUACAUACUUAUCUCUAAGGAAUGUAUAUUACGGGCUUCUUGACAUCCGCAUACAUGUACAUCUCAGUGCCAACCAUAAGGUAUCCUACAAUUGUUUUUUUUUUAUGGUAUGUACUCUAAAAAAUUUUAUUUAAGAUGAACAAACACUAAACUGUUUGAA